GAAAAUUAAUCCGUAACAACGUCCUAAUUCUGUUUCAAACCUCCCCCUUAUGAUUUCCUACACGUCAGUCCUUAACAGGAUUAGGGCGUUGAAAAGGUACAUACAACUCAGAUCGAGACCCAACCCAAUCGAUCGCUAACAAGUUCGGUACGGCGCGCCGGCCCUAGCUAGCGAAGAUCAAUGGAGACGCUGCCGGACGACAUCGUUGUGGAGAUCCUGGUGCGCGUGCCGGGCGUCGCCGCCCUCUUCCGCUGCGCCGCGACGUGCAACCGGUGGCGCCGCCUCAUCGCCAAGGCCUCUUUCCUCUUCCGCCGCUGGCCGGAGGGCGCGACCCGCCCGUCCUUCCUCCUCGGCUUCCUCGUCACACCACUGCCCCGUGAAGAACGACCAGCCAGAAUCAUCUCUGCGCCCGCACCGCCGUUCGCCCUGGCGCCAUGGUCGCCCCUCGGAGACCGCUUCCGCUUCCUCGGGCAUUACAUCCGCGGCCUCCCCAAGGAUGGUCGCUUGCACACGGUGCCGCUCACCGCGCGUCGCGGUCUUCUUCUCAAUCACAUCGUCGAACUCGUCUACCCCAACAAUCUGACGACGGGGGGAAGCUUCAGUCUGGCUUUGUGCGAUCCGCUCGCAGGCGUAGGUCGCGUGCUCCCCCCGCUGAAGUACAAUGGAAAAUUCACGAUGGUAGGGUAUACUCAGGCUGGACGCGGUCCGGGCCGGUCCGGUCUUUGA